CUGGCUUUGUCUGGCUUCACUGUGGGUGGGGUACACCAAUUUGGGUUGGCCAAGAGAAGAGGGCAGGUGGCGGGCACAGGCUGUCGUCUCUGCCCUCUGGAGCCUGGGGUCCAUCCUUCACCCAGAGAACGACUCAGUAACAGGGUGAGCCCGGGUCCGGGUGGGAGAGGGCAGUGGCUGGCUGUCUGGGAAGGCUCAGGGCUCGGUGAGGAGGAGGGGAGCCUGGAGACCCCCGCCCCAGAGUAGGGGCGGGGCAGCGGGGGGCGUGUGGUCCUGACUCAGCAGGGCCAGCAGGCAGGCUGAGCCCGAGAGAGAGUCGGCUUCGGGGCCUGAGCCGAGCCGAGCUGGGCGCGGUGACCCCCGUGAGCACCGGGGAGACCCCCCAGACGGGGGCGGGGUGAGUCCCUCCGGCCGGCGGCCCCUCGCGGGCUUAGCACGCCCGACAGCACUAACCAGCCGGCCCAGCAAAUCUUUUGUCGGGGCGGCGCUGAGCCAGCAGGGCGCCGCCCGCUAUAUCUGGGGCCCCCGCGGCCCGCGGGCCGGCACUCCAGGCGGCCCAGGUGCACCAUGGCGCAGCGCUCGGGGAAGCUCCCUGUCUUUUGGACCCCAGGGGUUACAUUCAAGAUCACACUCUACGAGGGCAAGCACUUCACGGGCAGGAAGCUGGAGGUCUUCGGGGACUGUGACAACUUCCAGGAUCGAGGCUUCAUGAACCGGGUGAACUCGGUCCGCGUGGAGAGUGGGGCCUGGGUCUGCUUCGACCACCCCGACUUCCGGGGCCAGCAGUUCAUCCUGGAGCACGGCGACUACCCCGACUUCUACCGCUGGAACGGCCACAACGACCACAUGGGCUCCUGUCGGCCCGUGAGGAUGCACGGGGAACACUUCCGCUUAGAAAUCUUCGAGGGCUGCAACUUCACGGGCCAGUGCCUGGAGUUCAAGGAAGACUGUCCCUUCCUUCAGAGUCGGGGCUGGAGCAAGAACUGUGUCAACGCCAUCAAGGCGUACGGGGACGGAGCGUGGGUUCUCUACGAGGAGCCCAACUACCGAGGCCGCAUGUAUCUGGUGGAGAGGGGCGACUUCCGCAGCUUCUCCGACUGGGAGGCCCCCAGCGCGCGCGUCCAAUCCCUCCGCCGGGUGGCCAACUUCUAACCGCCUGCCCACUGAGGUCUGGCCGCGACCAGGAGCCGCACCCCUGGAGGAGAGUCCCCUCUGCCCACCCGGGACCAUGGGGAAUAAACGUCCUAAAAGCCAA